AUGUUACUAGCGGUGAGAACACGAACUUUUUCCAGCAUCUUUAACAGGCAUUUGAAGAAUGGAAGCCUGACAUUUGCUGCUUGCUCGCACAGCCGGGCGAACGUGGAAAGCGAUAACGUUCAUGUGCUCAACAAAGCUUACUCUCGAGACAAUAUGACCAACAUAACCACGAGCAUUUUAGCAAAAGUCGGGAGAAAUCUCCAUCACCAAAAAAAUCAUCCUCUGGGAAUUUUAAGGAAUAAGAUUCAAGAACACGUUUAUGCUGCAUACAGAACGCGCUGGGGUGGACCGAUGUUUACCAUGGUGGAUUACUUGUCACCAGUAGUGACGGUAGAACAGAACUUCGAUAGCUUGUUAGUCCCCAAAGAUCACGUUAGUCGCGCGAAGAAUGAUAACUUUUACAUUAAUUCGGAGUUUCUGCUCCGGGCACACACUUCAGCGCAUCAGAGAGACAUGAUCAAGAGCGGAUUGGAUGCAUUUUUGCUGACAGGUGAUGUGUACAGGAGAGAUGAAAUUGACUCUUGUCAUUACCCAGUGUUUCAUCAAAUGGAAGGUGUUAGGUUGUUUUCUCAGCAUGAGUUGUUCGCACAAUACAAGGUGAACAUAUCUUGUUUUACAAUAACAGAGUGAUUUCUUGCACGCUGAUUGGUUGAGAGCUAUGGUGGAUAAGAGUACAGACGAUAGAAAUGAUGUGAUGGUGUGGCAAUUUGUUUUUCAUAUUCUUGCACAUUCAAUUUUCCCAGAAACUGUCAAAAACUGUCAAUGUUAUUGUAAAAAACAAAUAGACAACAAUUCUGUUCUCUUAUCAACCAUGUAAAGUACAGACCAUGGAAAAUAGACCUUGUCACGGUUUUCGACGCCGUCUUGACGAGUAGGCUGUUCUGAAAAAAGUAUCAAUCGUUAACUAAAGCUACAAAGCAAAGGAUUGUCCUAAAAAAUUUUGGGGGCGUACCUGUGCUUAAAUUUCUCCAGAGGCUUGCGUUAGAUUUUCCAUAUAUUUCCAUAUAUUUCCCGGGACUUUCUUACAGACAAAUGUAUAGAAAAUUUUAAAAAGUGGUUAUAGGUCUUCAAGUGCAUGUAACGCCCACAAAUUUUUUCAGGAGAAUCCUUAGGAAUGAAGCUUCAGUUUACAAAUCAUAUUUUUUUCAGAACAGCCGUUCUAUGGAAAUUAUUCGACAUUAGAUUCUCAUACAAACACUGUAAUUUCUCACGCGUUUGCCUACUUUUCAAGAUGGCGUCGAAAACCGUGACAAGGUCUAUUGUGGCUGAUUUGUUAAUUACCCUGUAUCUAGUGAUCAGGUGUCUCAACAGCAUAUAAGGUGUAAAAAAAUAGCAGUGAGCAUAGGGGGCAGGGGUUGAUUGGGAGAGGGAAAGGUGUGGGAGAGAUGUGGACAAAACAUCCAUGCUGCUAUUCCAGGGACUACUAGUGUGACAUCAUGAAAUGUUAUGUCCAUAGACUCUCCCUACUGGUUUUAAACUGCAAAACAGUUGUUUUGCUUUGAUGAUGAUGUUGUUGCUGUCGUUCUCAAAAUCUGUCUUUGUAGGGUGCAAAGUGUCUGCCUGAAAUUCUCGAACCAGGUGUGCAAGCCUCGCUCUAUUAUUUCACCCUUGCUCCAGACCUUUUGUUUGAUAAGUGCUUGCAUUUGUGACCUAAUCCUUAACCAAUACCUCUCUCCCUGGUCUUACUCUAUAUUUUUUAACCCUCAAUACAGACCUUUUCUUGGACAAGUGCUUGUAUUCUUGACUAAAGCAAAUCUAUAAAUAAUAAUGCCUGUUUUUCAGUCUACACUCCUUCCUCAUUUGCCAUGUUCUUUUUUCCUCCUCUCCCCUUUCAAUCCUUUUAAAUUCUUCGCACAUUGUUUGGGUUUAAUCACCAAGAAAUAAUGAAGGGAUCUUAAUGGACCUAACUGACCCUUGAUCACACUUAAAUAUCUCUCUUUGCUUUGCAAGCCUUUAGCGCAGAAGGGAAAAUAGAGUAAAAUAUAAGGUCACCCUUUCCUUUAGCGUUAACACCGUGGUUAUUUGUUAGGAACAAAUGUGGCUAAAACUUUCAAAGAAAAAACAAAACAGAAUAAAAUAAUCCUGAGAAUUCUAUGGAUGAAUAAAAUGACCCACUAACUGAGGACACUCGCUGGCACAUAAACUCUGUUUCUUAGAAUAACGUAACUUAUUAUUUUAAAAUUUUGCUUCUUUAAAAAAAAUAAAUAUUGCUCAUGCAGUUUGGUUGUUAUUGCCAGUAUCGUCAGUGGCCAUACUGUCACAUGUGGUUAUAGGGUCUGUAACUCAUGCAAAUCGUACUUCAUUAAUUUUUCUGUACCUGUUUUGUUUGUGUUUUAUACAAAUUAAAGAUUGUGAAGUAUUUUUGUCCAUCUUGAAGGACCCACUAGAAAUUUUUGGCAAUGACAAGAACCAAACACCAGAGAAACAAGCCAUACACACUUUGGAAGCAGUGAAGUUAGUUGAGUACAGUCUCAAGCAGACCCUGGUGGGGAUAGUGGAGAAUCUGUGUGGGGAGGGGGUGGAGAUGAGAUGGGUUGAUGCAUACUUCCCCUUCACCCACCCCUCAUGGGAACUGGAAGUCUUGUUUGAAGGAGAAUGGUUGGAGCUUCUUGGUUGUGGUGUAAUUGCACAUGAUGUGCUAGUAAAGGGUAAGUUCAAGUAACUUUUGGUAGACACUGAAACACCAUUGAAACCUGAAGUGAAGCUGAGGACCCACAUCUCCUGUACAGAAAUGGGUUAUUCCAGAAAAAAUCCACACCCCCCUUGACGGAUGGGGUCCUUUUUUAACCCCCCCUCUCACCUGGAUUUCCUGAAGCACAAGACCCCCCCUCCCAACUGGAUUUCCAAGGUGGAAGACCCCCCCUCCCGCCUGGAUUUCCGGGAAAAAAUAAAAGGCUUAAAUUUAAUUUAUUUUUAAUGGAAAAUACACGCAAACACGUCUAAAUGUUUUUGUUUUAAUUUCUAAAGCUUCAGCUUAUAUUAAACUAAGAAUUCUAUCGCGUGGAACUAAAAACGAAAGGAGCAAAAAACAAAAAUGCGAACGACACCUGAACGAGUGUUUACAUAAUUUCUUAGCUUAUAAAAAUCACUCUUCGCUCUUCGCGCGCGGGCUCUGGGUACGAGUAGAAAUGUGUCAGGCGUUUGAUGCUCUUCGUGACAACAACGUUGCGACGAGUUCCUUCAGGCCCGUUCUUUAGUAUCUUGUUCGCGUUUUCUGCUAUAAAAGGACCUGUAAAGCAACUUAGAUUAUCAUUUAUGUCAGGUGAGAAAUAUAUGAACAAAACAUUUUGACUAUUUUCAGGGUCUGAAAGCGCUUAAGAGUGUCAUCGAACUAAACGUUUGAUUUGUAUCAACUAUCGGUCGAAAUGACCCCUGCAGAAGACUUUUUUAAGGUCAACCCCCCCUCCCGCCUGGAUUUCCGGAGUCUUCGACCCCCCCUCCCGCGAGAAUUUCCAGAAUCCCAUCCGUCGGGGGGGUGUGGAUUUUUUCUGGAACAACCCAAUACUUUUCACAUCACUGAUUUUAUUUUGCAAAGAUAAAAACUACUUUGUACAAGAAAAAAGGAAAUGUGAUACACUGACACAUCAUUCACACCUGAAACGUAAUAUUAAUGAUGAUGAGAUUUAUUUGUUAUGCAGAAAAAAUUAAUUGAAUGAAUUGAGUCUGACUAAUUAAGAUCGAUGUUUGAAUCAACCGUUGAACUUAUAUCAUUUGGGUCGAUCCAAAUAGUUACUAAGUCCAGUGCAUGAAAAGUUUGACAUUUGAACUGGGUCUUUGUGAGUUUUAACUUUGUCUUUGUGUUUAGGUGGUGCUGAGCGUAAAAUAGGCUGGGCAUUUGGAAUAGGACUUGAGCGUCUAGCUAUGAGGCUUUUCAAGAUCCCUGACAUUCGACUUUUCUGGAGUGAGGAUCCAAGGUUUAUCUCCCAGUUUGCAGAAGAUGAGGUUGUGGAAUUCAAGCCUUUUAGCAAAUACCCUCCCACCUAUAAAGACAUGGCCUUUUGGGUGCCUGAAGACUUCUCUGCCAACAAUCUGUUUGAUGUGGUCCGUGGGGUAGCUGGUGACAUUGUGGAAAAGGUAAAGUAAUCAUAAUGAUUGAAGUGAAGUGUAGAACAGGAAGAAAGAAUACCAAUCACAUGUUAAAUAGCUGAGGAAGAUUAUUGUAUAGACGCCAAGUGUUAGGGUAAAAUUCUGACAUGUGACAUGGCCUUGAAAUAAUAACAUAAGACAAAAUGAAAUGGUGACAUAACGGAGGCUGAAACUGCGACAGCGAUUAGGUAAAUUGCAAAUACAAUAGUUAAAUACCGACAGUGACGUGGCCUCCUCUUCAAUAUGCAAAACAACAACUUUGGAAAUUCAUAUGAGGGACAUGGGUUCCCUCCCCCUGUCCCACCCUUAGAAGGCCUAUGUAUAUGCCCAAUGAAAUGUCCAGCAAUUUUUAGCUCAUUUUAGGUUCUAGUCAAGUAACAAUAUGUCUUCAGUAAUGAAUAUUCCGUUUUAAAUUGAUUCAAUCUCUCAUUCUUUUAAUUGUUUAUAAGGAUUAUUUUGCCUGAAAUAAGGCAAUUGGCAUUAAACUGAGCUUACUUUUGCCACAUGUCCUCUUUGUGCCCAUAGCUUUUAUACUUGUUUAAACUUGUGAAAUCCUUUCUCUGUGAUCUGGCAGCCUUGUUGUGGGAGCCCAACCGGCAAGGUAGGCAAGUGCUCACAUUGAAAUAUAACUCCUGACAAAAGAAUAAUGUUGGACCAAACAAAAUCUUUUACCGGGAUUUUCUCGACAUCUCCCCACCUAAGUUUUCUAAUUAAAUAAUGGCACAUCUAGGGGUAGGCUGAGGUAUUAGUAAUAGGCGCUGCUACUUUAUCCCAGGGUUAAUCAGUCUCUUUACGCCUUUUUAGAUGGAGCUUAUUGACAGAUUUACACACCCCAAAACUCAGCAGGAGAGCCAGUGUUACCGAAUAACCUACAGAUCCAUGGAUAAAACCUUCACAGAUGCAGAAAUUAAUAGCAUCCAGGACUCUGUCAGAGAGGAAGUACAGAAAAGACUAAGCGUUCAGCUGAGAUAGAUUAGCAAAUUAACUGACCACUCGAUCAUACGUUGUUGAAUAUGGACGUUUAGGAUCACUUCUUACUAGCAUUAGCUGUAAACUCUAAGCAGGAUUAAAAUCUAAGUUAACAGGGCAAGCGUAUUGCACUAUAUAAACUUAACGAACUCAGUGCGGUCAAAUUUGCAGAGUUAGUGCUUGCUAGUGUAGAGGUUCGUGGGUUGAAGUUAACCUUUGAAGACAUUUGAAGAUAAGGAAGAGAGAUACCAUCUUUUGCUGAAGGUCAAUUCUUUGAUGCGCUGUCUUUGAUGUUCUACAAACUCUGGCACACAGGACUUUUCUCUCGCCUGGCCACCUGUUUUGGGGGCGACGAGGGGCGAAGAGACGGGGAUACUUGAGACUAACAGGACACUCUACUUCGUAGCUUAGAGCUUAGAGCCCCCUAACGGGUCCGGAAAGAUCACGGGGCCAGCACCCAUCGGGGACCUGCUAACUCCGAUUUGUCCUUUUUCCCACCUUCACAGCAGAAAAUUACACCUUGUUACGAGAAAGCGGCAACAGACAUCUUUUAUAGCAAUUGUCCAAAAAGGUGGUGAAAGUUGGUGGAGA